AUUUGAUGUAACAUCCUGUGGAGGAUCGCGGCGGCAGACGAACCCGAUGCCCUGCAGAUGGUGCCUUUGCUCGCCAGCCUCGCAUUCGACCGGCAGCGAGCGCGCAGGACGCAUCUCACAGUAGCCUACAGCAGAAGCGCAAAAGACAUACGCGCGGUCCACUGCUGUCAUUACACAUACAUUUAUCUCCGUUAUCCUGUCUUCUCUCUCACAGGACUGCUCUCUCCGGUAAAGCGGGACCUCGGGCGAUUUAUUUCAAGUCGCUGUCAUUGUAUAAGAAGAAACCGCGCGUGGAAACGAGCCGGUGCGCUUUGAGGUCUGCGGAGGGGCAUACCGUAUUCAGCGGCAAUUCAGCUGUGUGGAUGCGCUUCUUUUGCCCUUGGAUUUGAUUUUUUUGCACAUUAUUGUUGUUCUGUCCACAAUGGGGUUUCUUUUGCUGCUGGUUUUGUGCGCUCUUACCGGGCCGGUGUUCGGGGACAGUAAACCCAAGAUAUGUACGGAACUCAGGCAGUUCUAUAGCAGCAAGGGGUUCAGUCCAAACGGAGUUCCGGCAACCGAAUUGUCCGGUGAGCACCUGCGGGUUUGCCCUCAAAGUUACACCUGCUGCACAACUGGGAUGGAGGAGAAUCUUCUGAACCUGAGCAGACGCGAGUUUGAGACUCAGGUCAAAGAGUCUGGACGCACUUUACAGGCAUCCAUCAGCGGCCAGUACAAAAGCUUUGAUGAUUAUUUCUUGCAGCUGUUAAAUCGUUCUGAAGCAUCUCUCCAAAGCUCCUUCCAGACCGGGUUUGGACCUCUCUUCUCGCAGGUGGCAAAGGUGUUUCAAGAUCUGUACUCGGACCUACGGAGGUACUACAGAGGGACCAAAGUCAAUCUGGAGGAGGCGCUGAACGAAUUCUGGGCCCAUCUGCUAGAACGGCUCUUUAAAGCUUUAAACCCUCAGUACAGCAUCGGAGAAGAAUAUCUGGAGUGUGUAGCCAAGCAGUCGGAAACUCUGAAGCCCUUUGGAGACACACCCAAGGAGCUCAAGAUCAAAGUCAUGCGUACAGUUAUUGCUGCCAGGACCUUCUUGCAGGGACUGGUGAUCAGCGGUGAAGCACUACGGAAGGUUUCGCAGGUUUCUCUGAGCACUGAAUGUGUGCGCUCUGUAAUGAAGAUGACGUACUGUCCUCACUGUAACGGCGUGGCCUUUGCUAAGCCCUGUUCAAACUACUGUAAGAACGUCAUGAAAGGCUGCCUCGCCAAUCAAGCGGAUCUGGACUCUGAGUGGAGGAACCUGGCAGAUACUAUGCUGCAGGUGGUUGACAAAAUGAGCAGACCUUACAGCGCGGACUCUGUGAUUCUGUCUUUGCCCAAGCGUGUCGCUGAAGCUAUUCUCUACAUGCAAGACAACCUCAACACAUUCAACAACAAGGUGUUUCAGGCGUGUGGUUCUCCUGUCCUGAGCUCCACUCCUGAGGAUCAGAUCAAGAGAGGUAGAAACGCAGCAGAGGAAGUCAGCAGCACGCCGGGAUUCCAGCUGGAGAAACUGUUAUCCGACAUGUCUAGAAUGUUGAGGGACGUGAUGCAGUACUGGAUCCUUUUGCCCAGCAAACUCUGUGCGGAUCGUGAAUCUGGACCCAGUGAGGUGGACACAUGUUGGAAUGGGAUAAGUGUUAACAGGUAUCUGCCAGAGGUGAUGGGGGACGGGUUGGCUAAUCAGAUAAAUAAUCCCGAGGUGGAGAUCGACAUCACCAAACCAGAUAUGACCGUACGCCAACAGAUCAUGCAGUUGAAGAUUGUGAUCAACCGUCUGAAGUACGCCAUUAACGGAAAUGAUGUGGACUUCCAGGACGCUAGUGAUGAUAUCAGCGGCUCUGGAAGUGGAAUGUGCCCAGAGGACCAGUGUCCCCACAAUCCACGCCUCGCCGCCCCCAACACGGACAGACCAAAAGUCUACGCCUAUCCGUCGGAGAACAAGAAAGUGGCCAAUGGAAGAAGCAGCCAGAACCUUCCUUGCAUCAGCCUCUACCUUCUCUCACUGGUCACAGUCUUGCUUAGGCGAUAAUUGACAGGCAGUCCCAUCGACUAGGACUGUGUGUAGGACUGGGUUUGGACUGUGGAGGGGUGGGGUUAGUCACAUUGCCAAAACAAACAUGCAAACAUCAGAGGAAACCGGCGAAUGCGUUUUUUGUCUUGAAUAAGAACACCAUGGAAUAUUCUUAGAUCUGUGUACUUUUUGUUGUCUCUUAUUUGAAAAAUGACAUCCCUAGAGCUGGUCUUCUGCUUGCCUUUAUGUGUGUGGUGGAAAGGUCUUUGAGAAUGCUCCGUAAAUAACUGUAUCAAUAGCUAUGAAUAUCCGCUUUCAAAUGAUUAUCCACCCCAACAAACAAAAUGUCUCUGUUAUCCUAGUUCAAACAGAUUAUUUUACACUAUAUUUAUUUACUAAUUAAACCCUGAUGUUUGUAGAACAAAACCAAGGUUAAAAAACAAAUCCCAGGCCCUUCGAGCUUGAGAACGUCCUUCAACGAUUUUGUGAAUUGAUCCCAGAGCACAAAACAUCUGAACCACCUUUUCGUCUUUGUUUUGAAGCUUUAAUAAUAAUAAUGAAAACAACCUCUACCGAAAGACCUCUUUCUUUCUCAUUUAUUGUACAAGUUUCCACACUUAACUUUGCGAAGUGUUUUUAGGGGCCGUCUUAAAAAACAUGUAUUUACUCUGGAUGUAAAUAAACAUACUAACACAGUCACAUUUACAGUAUAUCUUUGAGGAACAGUACUCGAGCAAUAUUUGAGACGUAGUGAUGAUGCACCAGCAAUGAGAAAGAGAUGCUCGUGUUUUCAUGAACUUAUUCACAGCGAGGCUGCGAUGCAUGUGAAAAGUUCUUGGUCUUCAAAAGCUGCAGAAUGAAAGACUGGACAUUGUCAAAAUGUUUUACCAGUCUGGUAGUAAUCCACACAGAUGGCGAAUCUAGAUACAUACUCUACACAAACUGAUAUGUGUGCUUAUGUACCUGCAUAGAGUACGUUUUAGGACAGAUCUGAGGUCAGGUAGAUCUUGACCAAGCUCCUUGACUUUGAAAUCUGAGUGGAAAAUAACA